CGACAGCACAACCUCUAGGCUCUAUCUUUACAUCGUCAUUUUGACAAUCACUGUGGAAGAUAUUUUGUUUUGUGGGUCAUUCUUAGUAUUUGCUCUCAAGUGGACUAGUUGUGUAAAUUCAGUCUUAAUACCAAUCUUUUUGUCAAGUCUCUGGAAAAACUCAAAAGAUGGGUGUUGUCGAUCAUAUCUCAGAUUUCUUUAAUUGCUCCCAUGGAAGUCACAAGCACAAGAAACGCAAGCAGUUUCAGACGGUGGAGAUAAAAGUCAAGAUAGACUGCGAUGGAUGCGAGCGCAAGGUGAAGAGAUCCGUGGAGGGAAUGAAGGGUGUGUCGCAGGUGGUCGUGGAUCGCAAGACCAGCAAGGUCACAGUCAUGGGAUAUGUGGAGCCAUCCAAGGUGGUGUCACGUAUCGCAUAUCGGACUGGGAAGAGGGCGGAGCUGUGGCCAUACGUUCCUUACGAUAUGGUUCAGCACCCAUACGCUGCUGGUGUGUAUGACAAGAAGGCCCCAGCAGGGUACGUGCGAAAUGCCAUGGACCCACAGACUGCCCAGCUCGCACGUGCCAGCUCCACUGAAGUUAGAUACACGACUGCUUUCAGUGAUGAGAACCCCCAAGCCUGUUCUAUCAUGUGAUGAUCAUGAUGAUAAUGAGUUCGUGGUUAGGAUUGUAUUUUUGCUUCUUGUGUUGCUGGAUUUGUGUGUGGUAGACUAAAAUUUUCCAUUUUAUAUAUGUUGAUUUGUAUUUGUAGAUGGAUGAAGUUGAAUUUGAACCAAUUUAUAAUUCAAAUAUUUUGUUUGUGUAAAUUAACUUAAUUGCUUUGGUGGGCAA